AUGAAUGAAUUUACGAAACUAACCGGGGAGGGGGCGGUGCUGCUCUCCACAGACGUAGCGGCCAGGGGCCUGAACCUGCCCGAGGUGGACUGGAUACUGCAGUUCGAACCCCCGCAGCAACUCGAGGAGUACAUACACCGCAUAGGCCGCACGGCGCGCCUCGGCAAACAGGGGCGGGCGCUGCUGUUUCUGUUGGAGAGCGAGAGAGAGUACGUGGACUACCUGGCCUCCCGCGGCCUUAAACUCAACGAGCUCUCCACCGCCCGACUCUGCGAGUCGCUGCUGCAGCGGGCACCCCCCAACGUGGGCCUAGCGCAGCCAGACCGCAGCAGCAGCAGCAGCAGCAGCAGCAGCAGCAGCUUUAGCCCGCAGCAAGAGGCGUCUCUGCGCUUUCUGGUUCGGCAGUUCUGCGAAUUUGUGGCGCCAAGGCGAAGACUGAUGGAAGCCGCCAGAAAGGCUUUCUUAUCUUCCGUCAGGGCCUACAAGACCUACAGCAAGGACCAGCGGCACAUUUUCAAUUCUUCGAAAUUGCCGCUGGGGCCUUUAGCCACAGCCUUUUGCAUUAAAGAGUCUCCUAAGGAAAUAGCUGGCCACUUGCACCGCACCCCGCAGCAGCAGCAGCAGCAGCAGCAGCAGCAGGGGGAACGCCGGAAGCGGAGGCGCGCGGACGGGUUUGGGGCGCAGAAAAAGCAACGGACCAGCAGCAGCAGCAGCAGCAGCAGCAGCAGCGGCAAGCAGCAGCAGCGGGAGAAGGCAAAGCAACAUAGAGAACACCAGCAGCAGCAGAUUGAGGUGGUCCCCAGCAGCAGCAAAAGCAGCACAAGCGCAGCAGCACGCGCGGUGCAGAUGUUGCAGGCACGGGGAGAGCUGCUGCAGCAAAGCCACAGCAGCAAAACCAGCAGCAGCAGCAAGGCGAAGCAGCAGCCACGAGGGAGAGACUGGAAAGCCAAAAAGAAAGCCUGA